AUGGCUGUGUGGGAAACAGAAGAUGAGUCGAUCGGGCCGGUGACAGACACGCCACAUCGUCCUCUCUCGCGCACCGUUUCGCGAGGUUCGCGGAAAUCCGGGAGGUCCGUGACACCACCCGGAAAGAAGGGCAAAAGCCGCUCUCCCCCACCGCUUCCUGGGGAUAAGAGUGAGAGGGGAUCCAAAAGGUCGUCCAGGGACGUCACCAAUGAUGAGAACAUCAGCAUUCUGGACCCGAGGCGCUUUACGCCGACACUACACGCCAGCUUGGUUUCAGAAAUACUCUCUCUCAGGAGAGACCAGGAGGAAAAGUUGAAGAUCAUCGAGAGUCUCGAGACGUCCCUACAUACGGUACGAGAGGAGACGGAAUCGUUGCAGGCCUCAUUAUUGUCGACGGGGAAGGAGAGCCGGUCACUGAAGCGGCAACUAUCCCUGCUGGAAGGCGGGACAUCAUCCGCACUUGGUGAAUUAGCGAAGGAGCGCGAUGAGGCGAUUGAGUCAGCAGCCGAGACCCGAAAACGACUCGAGGCCACACAAAAGAAACUGCGAAGCCAAGAGGAAGACUCGGAGCGCGUGCAUGAGCAAUGGGCAAGAGAGAAGGAUGAAUGGGAGGAGGAGAAGCGCAAGUAUGAGCGCAGGAUCCACGUCGCCGAAACACGUUUGAAAGUGGUCCUCGAUGAGGUUGCUGCGUUCCAGGCCGCCCAGGCCAAUGGCCUGAAUGGAGUGCCAAACGGCGCAGAGAGCGACGGGGAAGAGAGCGUCAAAGACGACGCUACGAGUGUUAGGAGCAUGAGCAUCACGAACAGUAUCCGAUUUUCGGUUGCAAACAGCAUCCUCAAGGCCAACGGAAACUCGCUGGCUGACGAGCUGGGAUUUGACGGUUACGACGAGGAGAGCGACUAUGGGGGCCGGGACAGCGUCCUGUCAAAGAGCCACAUGCGGAACUUCAGUCGAGAGAGCCUUGCGUUUAGAACCCACCAGAGACACCGGAGCAAUGAUAGCUUGGUGAGGCCCGGCACUGCGCUUCGCGGAAAGCUGGCCUUCAACGCCGCUGCGCUCGAGAAGCUCGAGGAUGGCAUCAUCAAGGAGGAUGAUGAAUCGCAGCCGCCCGCUCCUAAGUUCAGCUAUGUGGACACAGGAAUUCAAUUUUCGCCUCCGCCUUCGCCCACAAUUAUUCCGGCCAAGCCUUCGACGCCCGAAACCUCCCUGAUCAUGCAACGGCUUGAAAGAUUGUACGAUGUCGACAGCCCUCCUCGUGCUGACAGCGAGAUUGAGGCGAACCAGAGGAGGAAGCGGGUGCAUUCGGGUCAGCCGCUUGCGAUCAAGAUGCCCGGCAUUCAUAAUCUAAUGGUCAACGGCUCGUCUCAAACCGCUGAAGAGCCUCUCAGUCCACCCAAGACGCCCAAGACGCCUUUCCAGGACGCGCCGCCAGUGCCAAAGGCCGAGCCUCCUGCCAUGGUUUCCGUAUCCACACAAACCGAUGACGUGCCGCCUCCGCUCCAAUCACCGUUCCACGGGCUGACGCUGCCCAUCCCCAGCAUCAGCAUCAUCCCCUCGAGUCGACCAACGACGCCCCGCGAACCGCGCCUCCCACAGUUGUCCAAGGAUUUCGGGUGCCAGGUAUCUCUGCUGACUACAGUGCCUACAAUUUCGUCAGGCAUGCAGACGGAAGAGAUCAGGAUUGACAUGAGAUUGGACAAGCUUCCUCCACAUCUUCAUCCCUCUGCCAUUACCUCCAGGCCAUCUUCCCCUGCCGUCGGUGGGGCAGAUGUUGCUAGCGAGGAGACUCGGCAGUUUACGCCAAUCCCUGGCACUGUGCCGCCACGGAAUCCGCGACGCCUGGCUACCAAUCGAAGCUUGACAGAGCUGCCCUCAUCGCCUCCGAUGUUCUCGUCCUCCAUUCUCGAGGAGACUCACGAUCUCUACCCAGGGCAUAACGAUGACGGUCCAUUAUCAAGCCAAAAGGCGCCCAUCCGACGGCCGCCACGGAUUAGCAGCUUGUUUGCGGGUUUUGAUGGGAACAGCUCCGACGAAGUUGACGAAUUCCUGGAGGCGGACAUGAGCGAAUCGGAGUACCGCACCGCGCUGUCAGCGCCAUCAAAACCAAGAAACGGAACGAGUCGCGGUGUGAAGCGCAAUUCCGUGGGCACUGCCACGUCAUCAGAAAAUGCAUUUUCACCGAAAGGCAGUUACCGCUUCUUGUCUCGGACUUCGGAGGAUGGUGAAGGCUUUGACUCUGCAAGGUACCCAACUCAUGAUGUUCGCGAUAUGGGAUUUGGCAGAAAGAGUUCGAGACGCGGCGGGCGGCCUUCAAUGUUCGGAACAAAGUCGAGUGUCAUGCGCCGAACCGCCAUGAUCCAGAGCGGGAUCGUCUCUCAUCAGAGGACUAGAAGUCCGAGCCUCACGGAUGCGAAGGAACCUCCGUUUCCCAUUCCAACAAGGGCCAGCUCAAGGAAGCCGCCCAUCAGCACAAGCGCGCCGAGUGAUGGACGCACAAGCCCGAGCAGAGGCUCCGAUGCUUGGUCCAGGCGAGGCUCGAACCGGAGUCACUACCGCGCUAAUAGCAUCCGCAAAGUGCGCUCCGCUACAGGUUUUCCUCGAAGCCAGAGACACCGGCGGCGCGGCAGCCGCUCGCCGCCUCCGUUUUCGCCGUCAACGGAAGCGACUGAGAGCCCCCGGCUUCCUCCGCUGCCCAACAAUGAUAUCACGAGGCCGCGCACAAGGGAUGGAUACAUGGCGCCGAGAUGCAAGGGCCACAGGUCUCAGCCGUCAAACACCACCGCGAACACGGCCGACACGGGCGCCGGGUCACAGGGCAGGUCAAACCAGCCGCCGACAGUGGUGGACGCCAUUGCGCAAACCAUGGUCGGCGAAUGGAUGCUCAAGUAUGUGCGGAGACGCAAGUCGUUUGGGGUUUCGGAUGCCCGAGGCGGCGACGACAGCAGCAACGACCGUCAUAAGAGAUGGGUCUGGCUUGCACCGUAUGAGCGGGCGAUUCUCUGGAGCAGCAAGCAGCCGGCUUCGGGAAGCGCGCUGCUGGGCAAGUCUGGCCGCAAGUUGACAAUUCAGUCGGUGCUGGACGUCAAGGAUGACAACCCGCCUCCUAAGGGGGUCGCCCAAGUCUUCAACCGGUCGAUCCUGAUUCUGACACCGGAGCGCGCGCUGAAAUUCACGGCCGAAAACGCCGAGCGUCAUUAUAUUUGGCUUACGUCCUUGUCAUUUCUGGCGCACUCUAACCAGGCCAUACCAGAGACCUUGGUGGUACCGCAGCCGAGGCCGUUGGUCGAACAGUACGAGUUACCGAAGCCUAAGCGGCGGGCGAUUCGUGACUCUAUCCGCCUUACCAAGUCCAAGACGGCCGUCAUCAAGUCGGAUCCGCUCACGGCCGAGCCGUCGCAGAUGGACAGCGCCCCGCCUGUUCCUACCUACCGGCCGCCUCCGGUCCCCGAGGUGUACCACCUCCCCGCGCACGCAAGGGACAUGUCGAGAGACGCUGCGGAGCCGCCUACCGUCCCCCGGUUCCUUGACCGAGCAAGCCAGAUGCCGGUCCACGGGCGCAAGCGCAGCAACACGGGCGGCCACGUGCCGCCGCCGCUCUCGUUUCGAGGCUUCUCUGGCCCCGCCGGCAGCGGCGGGUACCACACGGCCUCGAACAGCACGGCGGGCAACAGCGUUAUGACGGCGGGGUCGUCGGAUAUCUACAGCAACGGUGGUGCCAGCGCCGUCACGGGAUCGAGCGGCAUGACGUGGACGACGCCGUCGGUGCGGACAUCGGAAGCCUCGAGCCGACCCAGUGGACCAAACAUCUUUGAAGCCAUUGGCACGGUGCGCAUGGAGGCCUUCAUCAGCCCGCUCUCGCUCAGCCAGUUCAGCGAGAACGCGCCGUACGAGCCCGCCGACGAGUUUCGGCACGUGUCCCGCCGGCGCAGCAAGGAGCUCCGCCGCAGGGCGAGCCGGAGCAGUCGGCAGCGAGACAGCUACCAGAGCAGGGGCACGCGGGCCACGGACGAAACCCUUGACGAGUGGUACCUGAGGGGUGAUAAUGAUCCCUUCAGGGGUUUCUAG